AGCCCAGGCCAGUGAGCUGUGGGUGAAGGGGGAGAAAGUGACCUGUGGGUACAUCAGUGAAGACACCAGGGUGGUGUUCAGAUCCACAUCAGCAAUGGUGUAUAUCUUUAUCCAGAUGAGCUGUGAGAUGUGGGACUUUGACAUCUAUGGUGAUCUCUACUUUGAGAAGGCUGUAAAUGGUUUCCUGUCUGACCUUUUUGCCAAGUGGAAGGAGAAGAACUGCAGUCAUGAGGUGACAGUUGUGCUUUUCUCACGAACAUUCUACAACGCCAAAACUAUCGAGGAAUUUCCUGAGAUUCUGAGAGGGUCCAUCCGACAGGAUCAUGAGGGACGUUUUUAUGAAGACUUUUACAG